CAAAUCACCACAGACAUCCGGGUUACCAUGAGAUGCGCACGCACCGCCGUGGAUCAGUGCAUUGUUUAUCGCCGUUGGAUUCGCAUGUGUUCUACAUUUCUACGGGAAUUUUUGUUUUAAAAUCGUUCGAUUUUGUUCAUUUUAGCAGAUUAUGGAGCAAUCUACCGUUGAGUCCGGUACCGACCUUGGGAGCGGUACAUCUUUGCCUCAAUUUAAGGCUUUGUUUAAAGAGUUGUUAGACGAGACUAAAAACGACAUUUUAACUCGAGUCCAGCAGAACAUUGAUCAAGUCUAUUCUGAUUUUGACAUGGUCGCUAUUGAUGAUGAAGCCGAAGGCUCCAUCGCAGGAAUUUCCGAUCCUGGGCUCACUGAUAAGAUCGACAGCUUUGUGCAGCCAGCACAGGAUAGUCCUAGUGUCGAGGGAUCUUUUCAGACCUUAGCCGAAGAGUUUUCUGUAAAUGAGCGCGCGUCUGCUCCAAUCGCAGCUGGUUUAGCUGAAAUUGUUAAUGGGCUUUUAAAAGAUAAGCUGCCCAAAGAGAAACUGCAGGAAUUGCAGCCUAAGUAUGUCCGGCCAGAAAAUUGUCCGACGUUGGUUUCUCCUAAAGUGAAUAAGCAGAUUUGGCAUCAAAUGCGGCAAGAUACUCGCAAUCGUGAUUCUGCUAUUCAGAAAGCUCAGGGACUGAUGAUCUCCGGCCUCUGUGCGGUUCUUGAAGUAUGUAAUUCUGCUGGUGGAGACCAGAAACGUGUGCUAACUCAUGCAGCUGUUUUGCUGCUGGCAGCCAAUCGAGAAAUUAACUUAAAGCGCCGCGAUUUAAUUCGCCCUGAUUUGAACAAACAAUAUGGAUCAUUGUGUAACCCAUCUGUCGCCAUUUCUACCAACUUAUUUGGCGAUGAUCUUAGCAAGGAAGUAGAGGAGGUGAGCAAAUCUUAUAAGCUUGGCAGUAAAGUCACUUCCGCACCACGUUUUGAGCCCUAUAAAGUGUCCAGUGGACGAGGUAUACGUGGACGUGGUCGAUUUCAUCAGAGUGCAGGACGCGGAAGAGCGAGGUCUUUUUUAGGCGGCGGCCGGGGGCUCACCCGUCCCCCAUCCUCAAUGUCCAAGACCAGCAAGAGUCAGUAGGAGUGACAAAACAGGUGUGUCCAAAAGAUCAUUCACGACAAGUCAACAGGAAUCCUAGUUGUUCCGCUAUGGCCCACACAGCCCUUCUUCUCGGUCGUUCUCAGUCUUUUGGUGGAGACUCCGCGGAUAUUCAACGUGACUCCACAGAACCUAGUCCAUCCCACUCUGGAGGGGGACGCAUCCUCUACAAGGUCGACUACAGUUAAUGGUCUGCAAAUUAUCCGCAGAUCAUUACAGGACGCAGAUAUUCCGACAGACAUUGUCGAUGUCAUCAUGCAGUCGUGGAGAGACGCGACCCACAAGCAAUACAGCCAUUACAUCGCAAAGUGGAUACAGUUUUGUGUGCAAGGGUCGUGUGAUCCUCUGCGGCCAACUAUAAAGGCCCUUUUGAUGUUUUUGCAUACACUUUUCAAGGCAGGUAUGAGUUAUUCCUCGCUUAAUACGGCUCGUUCGGCUGUAUCUACCUUGGAUUUUACGCUUGAUCGCAGCCCCAACCAGAUCCCUGUUGGUCGUCAUUUCCUCGUAUGUAAAUAUCUCAAAGGCGUUUUCAAUGUGGUUAAACCUGUCCCGAAAUACCGUUCCAUUUGAUGGGUUGAUCCUGUCCUCGACUAUUUGGUUACAUUAUGGCCGUUACGCGAUUUGUCCCUGAAGGACCUUACACUCAAAUUGGUCUUAUUGGUUGCUCUAACGACGGGCCAACGGUGUCAGGCGUUGACCUUUAUGGAUAUCUCAGCGGAUUACAUGGUUAAAACAGUGGAUUGUUAUCGUUUCGCCCUUACUGCUCACCUUAAACAGGACCGUCCGGGGUCGGUGUUUGGAGACUUGUGUUUAUAUCGGUAUACGGUUAAAGAACUGUGUGUUUAUGAAACUUUGGACUGUUAUUUAAACGUUACGAGGAAUUUGAGGUCCUCUACCAGUUUGUUUGUGUCUUAUAUUAAGCCUUAUAGUGCUGUAACCACAUCGACCAUUGGGCGUUGGAUAAAAACCUUAUUGGGUAAAGCCGGAGUGGAUACAAAGCAAUUCUCUGCUCACAGUACUAGGAGCGCAGCAACUAGCAAAGCGGUUGCUACUAUCCCAGUGGACGUAAUUUUAGCCACCGUUGGGUGGAAACAAGAGUCUACUUUUCGUCGUUUCUACAAUAGACCAGUUGCAGUCACAGACCAAAUGAGUCGAGCCAUUUUGCACGAGUAGUUUAAUUUUUUGUACG